UCCGACAUGGCUCCCUCUUUCCUUCUCGCUCAUUAAUUUUACCCCUCUUUUUAGCGGUUUUCUGCUGGCUUUCUCUCGUUUCGCCCUCUUUUUCUCGCCGUCUCUGCUAUCUUUUCCAAUCUUUCUUUGGUCAUGAGGUGCAGCACUUGUUGCCUAUUCUUCUUGAUUGUUGCGUGAAGCUGAGGAAUUUAGAGAAAUUAAUCAUAGAAUAAAUAUAUUUUAUCUGUCUUGAACUCGUGAUUUCUAAUCAUACCGUUCUUGAAAAUAUUGGAAGUUCUUGAAUUUUUUGCAAUUUUUUUUUUUUUUUUUUGGUAGGAUUGCAAUUUCUUUUUAUUGGCUGAACAGGAAAGCAAUUAUCUUGGAAUGUUUGAACCGUUCGCUGACUAGUCAAUAAUCUUUCGUUUCCCCCUCUUUUUCUAUAGUCUCUGCUAUCUUUUCCAAUCUUUCUUUGGUCAUGAGGUGAAGUACUUGUUGCUUAUUCUUCUUGAUUGGUGUCUGAAGCUGAGGAAUUUAAAGAAAUUAAUUAUAGAAUAAGUAGAUUUUAUCUGUCUUGAACUCGUGAUUUUUAAUCAUACUGUUCUUGAAAAUAUUGUAAGUUCUUGAAUUCUUUUGCAAUUUUUUUUAUUGGAUGAAUAGCUAACCAAUUAUCUUGGAUUGUUUGAACCGUUCACUGACUAGUCAAUGGUUUAUGAUUUUUGUGAACCUGGAAGAAUUAACAAUGAUUCUUAUUGUAGUUCGCCUAAUCCUUCUGUUUCGCAACCUAAGUGAUGUCACAUCCUCCCAGUGGAUCAACUUGAGCAUCACAGUUUGGGUAUGAUAAGAGGUGAAGAGGUGUCUUGCAGAUUAUUAAAUUUAACCAAAAACACCAUAUGAUAAGCUGCAUUUAGUUAAACACCAUAUGAUAAGCUGCAUGGGGUGCAUCGUUGAGUGAGGCGGAUUAUUUAUAUUGGAUUUGAUAAGCAAAUGAUGUAUUUAUGGAUUGAGCAAAGAAAGAAUGGCCACUGCGUGGGUCAGGAGUCUGGGAAUCAGAUGGGGUAGACAGUGGAGUUAUAGUUCAAAAGGCAUUCAGUACUUUGUCAUUAACUGCAGAUCUGCAAGGGUCAAAGAAUCUCCGUCCACUAAUGCUGCCGCAUUGAUAAGAGAACCACACAAGUAUUUUGAUCAGGUUGUCAUUACUGUACGUUCUGGAGAUGGAGGCCAUGGUGCUGUUCUCAGCUUGCCAAACCUUAGAAAUACUUCAAAAUCACAAGGAAAACAUGACCAGGAAAAGUCAACGAAAAAGCGCACAUACAAAAGGGAUUCGGAUGGCUCACUUAUCCUACCCAUUGGCGGACAUGGGGGUGAUGUAGUCAUAUAUGCAGAUGAGAGCAAAGAAUCUCUCCUGGAAUUUCACAAAAAGAGCCGGUAUGGUGCAAAGCGAGGGGGGAAUGUUGAUGCCAUGGGUACUCUGACUUCACAAUUGCAUGAUGGAUAUGCUGCACCAACGCUACAAAUACCUGUGCCUGUAGGUACAGUUGUAAGACGCAAGAGGGGGAAGUUUCUUGCUGACUUAGCACAUCCAGGUGAUGAAAUUCUUGUUGCAAGGGGUGGUCACGGUGGGAUUAGCUUGUUAGAGAUGCCUGAACAUGGAAGGAAAAGGUUGAUGGCACUAUCUAGUAAUGUGAUGAGAGAUGAAAGUGACAAGGUUCUAGUUCUUGGUCAGCCUGGGGAGGAGGUUAGCUUGGAACUCAUCUUAAGAGUGGUUGCUGACGCUGGUCUUGUGGGACUCCCAAAUGCUGGAAAGUCAACUCUUUUGGCAGCUAUCACGCUUGCAAAACCAGAUAUUGCUGACUACCCUUUCACAACUUUAAUGCCAAACCUUGGUCGCCUUGAUGGAGACCCUACUUUAGAAGCACUUAAGUAUUCCUCUGGAGCAACAUUAGCUGAUUUGCCUGGUCUGAUUGAAGGUGCUCAUUUAGGCAAGGGGCUUGGUCGGAAUUUCUUAAGACACCUAAGGCGAACUCGGCUUCUUGUUCAUGUUGUUGAUGCUGCUGCAGAGAACCCAAUAAAUGAUUAUAGAACUGUCAGGGAGGAAUUACGAAUGUACAACCCAGAUUAUCUUCAACGACCAUAUAUAGUAGUGUUAAACAAGAUUGACCUUCCAGAGGCUCGGGAUAGGCUGCCAUCAUUGGUACAAGAAGUCUCCAAGAUUGGAUGUAGAGAGGCACCUAACUUAGAAAUGAGGCAGGAAUUAUCUGCUGAAAGUAAAGGUGUGCCCAUACUUUCCUCAGGAGCUAGUAAUGAACAGUCAAAGGAAAAGGGGAUAGAGGAUUAUCCAAGACCUCUUGCAGUUGUGGCUGCUAGUGUUUUUUUUUGCAGACACAACAUACCUUUGUCUCUAUGGUUUAAAGCAAGAAAACUCGUUGGCAUUGAUGAAAUGCUGAGGGAGAUAAGGGCAGCUCUAAAGAAAUGCCAAGAUUUAGAAAAGGCACUAGAAACAAAAAAAGUGCAAGAAAAUCAUCGCUUAAUUGCAUAUACCUACGAGCAAAAGUUACCCAAACUGCCUGCAUUGGGGUCAGGACCUUGUACAAAGGCUUGGAAUACUCUAAAACAUAAUAGCAGAGAUUACUGAUCAGGGGUUAGGAGUAUCAAUAAGAUUUAAUGCUUCCAAAAAGGGUGGUGUUUGUGGGUUUUAUACUUGUUUCCUGCUGGUUGUCAUGUACUCUGUUGUAUUAUAUGGUAUUUAUGUUAAUUGAACUUCAAUUGACAGUUUUAUGAGACCAAACAAUUAACAUGCAAGUGAAAAUUGUUAACGUGUCAAGGACUGAAAUGUUCUCUGUUAUAAAGAAA